CUAUCAUCAACAAGAUGUGCUAAGAAGGAAGGCGACGUUGUUUGGAUCCUUUCACCUUCUCCUAUAAAAUAAAAAUGGUAUCGUGGCAAAGUCGCCGGUUGUGAGUCAGAAAUGGGUUUUUCAUCUAUAGCCCGCACUGCCAUCCGCAGGAAGCUGCUCUUUUCAAAGCCCAACUAUCGUUCAAUCUUAUCAUCUUCCCGUUGGUUUUCGAGUCACGUUGGUGACAUCAGCAAGAAUGCAGACAGCAUCCCGCCAUCGUCGGCCGCUUAUCAUGUGAGCUCAGGUGGGUACAUGCGAGGGACUGUGUUCUGGGAACCCACUAAGCCCCUCACUAUUGAAGAAUUUCAUAUGCCUCGUCCCAAAGCUGGAGAACUCCUCAUAAAAACCAAGGGCUGUGGAGUAUGCCACUCUGAUCUGCAUGUUAUAAAAGGUGAAAUUCCAUUUUCUAGCCCUUGUGUUCUUGGGCACGAGAUAACUGGAGAAGUUGUUGAACAUGGCCCACUCACCGACAGCAAAAUCACACAAAGAUUUCCAAUUGGAUCUUAUGUGGUUGGAGCCUUUAUCAUGCCUUGUGGUAAUUGUUUCUUCUGUUCUAAGGGCCAUGAUGAUUUAUGUGAAGAUUUCUUCGCCUAUAAUCGAGCUAAAGGCACCCUUUAUGAUGGUGAAACAAGGCUUUUCCUCCGCAGCAGUGGAAAACCAGUAUACAUGUAUAGCAUGGGAGGCCUUGCUGAAUACUGUAUCAUUCCUGCACAUGCUUUAUCUAUUUUGCCAAAAUCACUGCCAUACACUGAGUCUGCAAUUUUAGGAUGUGCCGUAUUUACUGCUUAUGGUGCCAUGAGACAUGCAGCAGAGGUCUGUCCUGGGGAUUCCAUUGCUGUAAUUGGAGUUGGAGGGGUUGGUUCAAGUUGUUUGCAGAUAGCAAGGGCAUUUGGUGCCUCUGAUGUAAUUGCUGUGGAUGUUCAGAAUGAUAAACUGCAAAAAGCUAAGACUUUGGGUGCCACUCAUACAAUAAAUGCAAUAGAAGAAGAUGCUGUUGAACGGAUUAAAGAAAUUACUGGAGGACCAGGUGUUGACAUUGCUGUAGAAGCUUUGGGGAAACCUCAAACAUUUUUGCAGUGUAUACAAAGUGUAAGGGAUGGUGGAAAAGCAGUUAUGAUAGGACUUGCAAAAUCUGGUGCUAUAGGUGAGGUGGACAUCAAUCGUCUUGUUCGUAGAAAGAUAAAAGUUAUUGGUUCUUAUGGAGCAAGGGCGCGGCAGGAUCUACCCAAGUUGGUUAAACUAGCUGAAACAGGUAUCUUCAAUCUUAGCAGUGCUGUUUCCCAAAAAUACAAAUUUGAAGAGGCAAGUAAAGCAUUUCAGGAUCUUAACCAGGGAAAAAUAGUCAGCCGAGCUGUAAUUGAAAUAAUGUAGCCUUUUAUUGACUUGCCUUUAUCAUAUUUCCUAGUGUAUUGCGGUAAUCUGUUCUCAAUAAUAAUUGUCACAGGUGAAAAACCAAAACAGAAAACAGAGAACUUGUUAAAUAUUUUGUCAUGGAUGAUAAAGAUAUUCUUCUCCUCUACUACUA